CCUUUCCUCCCCCAGCACCAUGUCCGGCCUGACACCCGAGCAGCUGAACCAACUUUCUGCAGACAUUGAGAGCGCCAUGCACGAGGAGCAGACCGCACAAGUGGAGCUCAACAAGCUCGUUCAGUCACGGGCGGGCUACGCGGCUCGGCUCAACGAGAACACCAUGGUCAAGGAGGAGUUUGAUCUGCUGGAUGAUGACGCGAGGGUGUUCAAGCUCAUCGGUCCUGCACUGGUGCUGCAGGAUGUCGAUGAGGCAAAGCAGAACGUCGAGAAGCGGCUCGAGUACAUCACCGCAGAGAUGGGUCGCCUCGAUGGCGCUAUCACCGCAAAGGAGGGUGUGGUCCAGGCUGCGCAGAAGAAGGUUGCCAAGCUCAACCAGAAGGCUUACCAGAUGCAGCUGGCCGCCCAGAAGCUUCAGCAGAUGCAGAACAUGCCGCAGGAGGUUCAGCAGAAGAAGAUCAACGCUUGAGCGAGGUACAUGUACCCGACGCACAUUGAAGACCACUCCCGUACACAGA